AAAAAAAAGAGGAAAAUGAACUUGUACUCUUGUGUUACAGAUUCAGUGGUUCUUUCCUUUGACUCCGUUGGACACACGAUAGGCUCAGGAAGGAGAGAGAGAAAAACUGUGGCUAUUGUGCUCCCGCUGUCCAGCCCAUCUCACCUUGCUGCAGACCCAGGAAAAGACAGAGCCCAGAAAGAACCCACAGAAACAGUGGCAGCUCCAGGCCCAGCCAUUCCCAAAUAUGACAAGCUGGGCUUUCUCCUGAACCUGGAUUCAAAAUUGCCUCCAGAAUUGGCAUCGAAGUAUGCAAAUUUCUCUGAGGGAGUGUGCAAGCCAGGCUAUGCAUCAGCGCUCAUGACUGUCAUCUUCCCAAAGUUCUCGAAGCCGGCACCAAUGUUCUUGGAUGAUUCCUUCAGGAAAUGGGCACGAAUCAGGGACUUUGUACCCCCCUUUGGAAUUAAAGGACAAGAUAAUCUGAUCAAAGCCAUCCUGUCAGCAACCAAAGAUUACCGUCUAACUCCAGCUCUUGACAGUCUCAGCUGCCGGAGAUGUAUUAUUGUGGGAAAUGGUGGAGUACUUGCAAAUAAAUCAUUGGGGUUAAAAAUUGAUGACUAUGAUGUUGUUGUCAGGCUGAACUCAGCUCCAGUGAAGGGCUUUGAAAAGGAUGUGGGUGGCAAGACAACACUCCGGAUCACAUAUCCUGAAGGUGCAAUCCAGAAAAUGGAGCAGUACGAGAAGGAUUCCCUGUUUGUUCUGGCAGGAUUCAAAUGGCAGGAUUUCAAGUGGCUGAAAUACAUUGUUUACAAGGAGAAAGUGAGUGCUUCUGAUGGCUUUUGGAAGUCAGUGGCAACCCGUGUCCCAAGAGAACCUCAUGAGAUACGUAUCCUGAAUCCCUACUUCAUCCAGGAAGCAGCUUUCAGCUUCAUUGGACUGCCUUUCAACAACGGCCUGAUGGGCAGAGGGAACAUCCCCACCCUGGGAAGCGUAGCAAUAACCAUGGCGCUCCACAACUGUGAUGAGGUGGCGGUAGCUGGGUUUGGCUAUGACAUGAGUUCACCCAAUGCACCCCUGCACUACUAUGAGACCAUCAAGAUGUCUGCCAUCAAAGAGUCUUGGACGCACAACAUCCAGCGGGAGAAGGAGUUUCUGAGGAAGCUGGUGAAAGCCCGAGUCAUCACUGACCUAACCAGUGGGAUUUGAGUGGCUGCAGCCACUGCCUCCAGGGGAGGAGAUGAAGACAAACGCUGCAGCAGCUCUGGGAGCAGGCACUGGCAGCCCCCUGCAAGAAUCCCACCUCACUGAAGACACACAGAGAUGCCCAGGUGCUCUGGGAAGACCCUCUUGCAUUGCCAGUCUGCACGAGGGCUGCAUCUGCCACCUCCAGGCCUAGAGCUGGCAGGAGGUGGGCAAGGGACUAAGUGGACAGUUCUUGAACUCUGCAUUGCAGACAAAUCUUCUGCAUCCUGAAUUAGACAGGAAAGACUCAGGAGAGAGAAGAAAGAUUUGUGAAUAAAAUGAUUUGUGCCAAAUGGGA